ACCAAUAAGUUCUGAAAUCAAUGAACACGGAAUAAGUGAAUACAAAUCAAAUGUGGUUAUGCAAAUAAUAAAAGUAACUAAAUUUUGUAUGGUUUGCUGUUUGAAGUCGAUUUAUUUCGCUAUUUUUCUUCUGCCACUAAUCAGUGCAGAAACCCUAACGAACGGAACCAGUGCCACGAGCGUCUAUCGACCAUGGAAAACAAUAUCAUCAAGAGUUCCAAUAUUAGUCAUCGUAAGAAAUAUAAGCCACCAAUAUAUCACUUCAGCUGUAGAAACAGGUACAUUUGCUACCAUGUACAAUGUAUAUUUCUUUCUCUACGUCCAUCAACAUCUUCGUCGAAGUUUUCAUAACAUCCUCAGAAAUGUGGAAAAUUACAACAAAACUCAUGAUACAACUAAUUAUAUUCCAUGCCUCAACAAUAGCAAAAACUUAAAAGAAAACGAAGACAGUAAAAAGUAUGAAUAUAACAAUGGGAAAAUCAAUGAUUUUAGUAGGAGGGUGAAACAAUAUUGGAAUCGAAAAGAACUAACAUUAAAAAGUAGACGAGAUAUUGCUGGAGUUGAAUGCCAAAUUUACUGCGAUGAUAUAUUCGAAUUAGCAUUGUAUAUGAUAACUGCCAUUUUUAUAGAGUUUAUUCCGAUUACUAUUCGCUAUGCUUGCAAGAAAACUGCACUUUGCUGGCGAAGGCUGUUCUGCUGUUUCUAUCAUCGAAACUACACGAAAACGCCUUAUUUACGCCAGUAUUUACAUCAGAGGCAUCGUGCUGUCAUUAACUGUGUUUGUGAUGUUUUGAAAUUGAGCACAAUAAAAUUUAAAAGAAGAUCGGAUCAACAACAAAAACAUGUAUUCAUACUUCAUCAGAAGCACUUAACCAUUUUUGCAGUGAUAACUGGGGAAAUAUUUGCACUUUUUAUUCACGGAGUAACCACUCAGUCACCCGAGAUUAGCGUGCCAGCUCUUGCUGACAGUUUGUAUAUCUCAGGAGAAAAACUUAUAAUUUUUCAUGCAGUGCCAACAAUGAUGGCAACUACAGCUAUUAUUGCACAGAACUGUAGAAAGUUCUGCCACCAUUAUUUGCUAAAAGCUGUUAUAAUAAACCCUAUUACAUUUUCAUUUUAUGCACAAAUUAUAGCAGAUCAUAGGCAUUGUAUUAUAAUGCCUAAGGAAAUUCGACUGCUUCCGAAACAGAUAACUUAUCUGAUAUGGGAAAUUCAACAACUAAGAGAGCUUGAUAUUUCUUGCCAUUAUAAGUAUUUCGUUUGUGGCGGAAAGAUAAUAGAAAAUAAAUUUGUAUAUGCCGCUAACGAGAACAAGGACCAUACACUGCGUCACAAUCUGAGAAGUUUUGCAAUACUUCUACUAUUGAUUGACGACUAUGACACUGUCUAUGAAAAUUAUGACAAUAAUUUUGCAAAAUCUCAAAACAAUUGUUACUUGAAACUCUUUGAAGAGCAGUUAUUGAAAAUAUCUAAAGAUUGGGGAAUAUUAUCUACACAGAUGAAUAAUUUUAUUAUCGGUUUUCAGAAAAAAGUGAAGUAUGGUCGUGAUAUUUCCGUCAUACACACAAAUUCAAUAUUUAAAGAACUACAAUCAGGUGCAAAGCGUAAAUCUAAGCCUAAUUUUGGUAAACAUAUUAAGCCAAUGAAACUAACAAAAGGAUCACCAUAUUGGAAUGUGCCAUUUCGCUCGGCAGCAACAUUCACAUGUCAGCGCAUACAAGAUAAAAGUACCGAUUGGAAAAAAUGCUUACAGGCUAUAAUUAAAUUCGACCUUUGCUGUUGUUGUUGGUGUUUCUAUUGUUAUCGUCGCAAUAGUAUCUCUGAAAGAGUUUCGAGUGGUUUUUGUAACAAAUGGUAUAGGUGCUAUCCCUGGUAUCGGAGGCAAUAUGCUCAUAAGUCUCCGCACUGCAUAUAUUGCUACUAUUAUUUACUUUGUUAUUAUUCUUUAAAUCAAUAUUGUUGUUACUCAAAAAUUUCUAUAAAAUCCGUAAUGUAUCCAUGCAACUGCUCAAGUAAUAAAUCAAAUCGUGACUUCCGUAAGUACUGCCCUAACAUCCAGCGAAAUGAAAAGAAAAUUAAGGAGCAGAGAGUUUUGCAACAAUUGAAGUGCUUUCGGAAUGUUUUUCGACCACAAUAUCCGACAAAUGCGAACUGUAUAAGUAGCACACUUUCUGCAUUGUAUUUCUGUCAUAGAAUUUAUUGGUUUCAAAAUACGCAGAACUGUUGUUCACACAUCACCAAGCCUAACACAUUGGUUAACACAAUGAAUUCGGUAAAAGUUACUUGUGCCGUGACAAUAUCAAACAAAAAGAUUGAUUUUAUCAAUUCCAUCCGAUCUACCGCUAUAUAUUUAGGCAAAUGUGUGUACAAUGAACUAAUUAAGUUAGAAGAUUACAUACGUAGACACAUAGUUAUAGUGCUUCAGAUUAAAAUAUCAAUACCCCGAUCGACUGCCCUCGUAAUUAAGGUAACAAGAGAUCAACAACAACAACAAAUGGUCAACAUUGCACACGAUCAGCAAUUAAAAAUGAAUUAUUUAUGCAAAAUUUUUUGCAAUAAUUGGAAGAGGCACCGACGGAGGAAACGGCGACGUCGUCGUCGACGCAUGAAUAAACAAGAGCAGCAGCAACAUCAAUCCGUCCGACUACAGCAGCAACACAUAAACAAUGAAAAAAAAACGUUAUUAAGUGGCAUCAACAAUUCUCGUUUGCAUAUAUUGGAUUUUAAUGCGUGCAAAGCUAUUGCCACAAAUGUCCCUGUGCACAUGAUAUUAUCAAAAGCACCAACUGUAACAAUGUUGGCCGCAAUGCGUUUUACAAAUACCAAAAUUGCCUUGACCGAUGGAAACCGAAAGGAUGUAAUAAGUCCGUCUCAAACACCUGCUCUGAUUUCUUCGCCAUCAUUAACAACGACAGCUAGUACAAGAUUAAACCGAAGCCGCAGCAGGCCGAAUCUUGUUUGGCUUUUUAUUGGACUGGUCUGGUUUGAAGGUCCAAAAUAUGUCAAUUGUGGUAUACAGAGUAGUAGUCAAUCUUCACAAUCUAAUCCUCAGUCUCAAUCGCAACCACAGACAGCAACACAUGCAGCAGAAACAACACUUGAACCGCUCCCAACGUCGGUCCUACUUUCCCCACGACAACAACAUAAAAUUCCACCACCACGGAUAACGUCGAACUUACUUUUAUUGACACCCAACUAUAAAAAAAUAUUCAAAGGAUCGAAGUCAUUUAUACAGAAGGGAUCAAUUGCCGCAAUUGCCGACACCGCUAAGUAUAAAAUGAAGCCAGGGGCAAAGAGCAGUCUUAAUGGCAAAGUAAUGCAUAUUGGCAAUUGUUUGUCUCCGCGAAGACGCGCUUCCAUAAUGGCCACAAAAACAAAACGCAAGCUUACACGAUCCUACGACAACGAUUCCAUAAUGAUAACCGAUCGCAAACGAUUCAAUAGGCUCGAACCAGGGGCGAAUGUGGAGGCAAAUUUCUUGGAUGAAGAAGCACAUAGUGCACAUAGCGAUCACGCUCGUCUGGAGUCAAUUAAGAGACAGAUAUUGACUAAACUUGGUUUAAAACAGAAACCCAACGUAUCUCACCCUCUUCCAAAGCAAUUUAUAUGGGACACCAUAUAUCGUGCAGACGGUAUACGCAGCGUUGUCAGUGAUUUCGAUUUCAGUGAAAAUGGAUCACAUCGGAUGGAAUUAAUGUCGGAAGUAAAUAGCACAAAAGAAACACGAAGAUCGAAUUCUGCAAAAGCAAAUGAUAUAACAAAUCUUUUACUUAACAGCCGAGGCUUCCAGAAUGGUGAAUUCGCUAAUACGAUUGCCAGCGGCAAAAAAAUAAAUAGAAUUUCUCUUAAUCUAGGUUUAGAUGCCGAAAAAGUUUUCAAUGUAAGUUAUAAAGAUUAUUUGCAUCAUGCCCGGUUUGACGAGUCUAAGAUAUUAAACGAUAGCAAAAUAACGAAUAAUUUCACAUAUCUUAUGCAUAUUAGUAAACCAAAGCCCAAUAAAAACUUCCUAGGGGUUGAUGAACCGGGAUAUAGUGAUAUAAUUUACAAUGAUAAAGAUGAUUUACUCGAAACAGAGACCGACGAAUUAAAUUACAAAGUGAACCAUGGUAUUCAUAAUGUUGAUGAAGCUUAUUCGUAUGCUGAAAACAGAGAUGGGUAUAGUUUACAGCAUCGGAAAUAUCCUUUGUCAGCAGAUCAAAAUAAAUACGAACGUGACGAUUUUCAAGGCGACACACAAGAGCUCAUCAUAUUUGCGGAGAAAGGAAAAAUGAUUAAACAACAUCGACUAGUUGAGUUCGCACCACAAACAAAGUACAUGUCAAAUGAAAAAUUUUUUGUUAGAAAAGCUGAAAUUCACAUUCGGAUUGAUAAAUUGACAACAGGGUGUAACGAUAAUUCGGAUAGAAAAAAUCGUGGAUGUGGUGGCAAUAAAACGAAACCCAAACUUUGGAUAUUUCAAGUAAUGGAAAAUAAUACAACAAAGAAGAGCUGCGAUAAUUCCCCUCAACUUUGUGUUACUUACGAUGUGGAUAUAAUGAACUUAGGCUGGCAAAAAUUUGAUAUAACGCUAACUGUCCGGGACUGGUACACACGAGCACCGACGGAAAAAUUGCGACUUCUUAUAGAUUGUACUGGUUGUGGAAAGCAUUAUAUUUUACAUUUGUUUAAUCAGCCAUUGGAGAAUUCGAAGCAUAAACUAUUAUAUCUCCAGCGGGAAAAACGAUACCGUUCGGUGAAACGUAAUGAUCUUGUAGUACACUGGAGACAACCACUUUUGAACCGUAAUAUUAUUUCAGAAAGACAUAGUGAUGUUAAAGAGCAAGUAGAACAGCGUCCAAAAGCAAAAAUUUCUUUGUUAUGUAAUAAUAUUUUUAACUGCAAUACUAAGAAAAAUUUCACUUCAAAAAUAGACAACUAUAAAUUGAAUAACGUUCGCACAAAAUUAUUUCGGCCGCAUGUAUUAUUAGGAUAUUUAGAUCAGUAUAACCGACUGCAACCACAAGUUCCUCAGGCCCGAGGCAAACAGCACGUUAAUUCACAACCGCAAAAGUAUACGCGCUUAAAAGAUCCAAUCUCAUCAGAAUUAAGUCCUAAUCGACCAUUUUUGGUAUUGCGUACAGAAACGAGACGUCUUCGACGUGUACGACGUCGUGCAAUUGAUUGUGUUGGUGCAAUACAUGGUCAAUGUUGCAAGGAAUCGUUUUAUGUGUCUUUCAAGGCAUUGGGUUGGGACGACUGGAUCAUUGCUCCACGUGGCUACUUUGCUAAUUACUGUCGUGGAGAUUGUACAGGUCCCUUUCGCACUCCUGAUACAUUUCAAACUUUUCACGCUCAUUUUAUAGAAGAAUAUAGAAAAAUGGGGCUUCUGAAUGGUAUGCAGCCCUGCUGUGCACCAGUAAAAUUUUCAAGCAUGUCUCUUAUAUACUAUGGUGACGAUGGCAUUAUUAAAAGGGAUCUUCCAAAGAUGGUAGUAGAUGAAUGUGGUUGCCCAUGAAGAUAUUCACCUUACAUUCGAAUAAAAUACGUAUAUAUGUACUCUUGUAGAAUAUUGGUUGUGCUGAAUCAAUUUAAUUUAAAAAUUUUAUUAUAAAUAUAUACUGCAAGACAUAUUAUUACAAAUUUUAAUCCAUAUGUACUUUAAGACGAAGCAGCAUCGAAGAAAAUAUACUUCCAGCCUUACAACUUUACGUUUUAAGCUUUUUCACGCUUUUCUAUUAUAUUACAAACACAUGUAACUAUGAAAGUAUGGAAAGGAUUAAAAAUAAAUGAAAGAGGUCUAUAUGAAGUAAUUUUUCGUGCUGCUUUUGCACUGGACUUAUAUUUAUAUGAAUGAAUGCCUCCACUCAAGCAAUAGCUUAUACAUAUACUUAAGAAAGGAAAUAGUUUGUGUACAUACGCAAAUAAUUUUGUUCCAUACUCAACAAUUAGUACUUUCGUAAAGGAAAAUUUAUUUUCAUUAAAAUAUCUUUGAUUGGUGCCUUCAAUUAUUACUUACAAAAACAUCAUUAAACAUGGGCAUAACACAUAUACCAUAUAAUAUGUAAAUCGUUUUUGCACAUACAAAGUCAUAUGUAAAUAAUCAGUACUGAUAAAGAAAAAAUAUAUGAUGACUACUUUAAAUAGAGAGAAAACUUAGUUUUCAUAAUUAUUUGGGGAUGAGAUUGACUCAUAUAUACGUUACUUUCAAUAUAACCGAAAAUUACUAAAUAGCAAAUUAAAGAUAUCAUAUAAAAUAGAUCAAUUAACCUUACAAAUUAGUAUUGCACUGUACAACUCAUAAAGUUUACCAGUUGAGAACUUAUCGCUCACAUUUAAUAUAUUGGUGUUUUAAAUUACAAAAAAUACCGCUCCGAACAAAGCUGAUGAAAUUAAAAUUAUUAAAAAGAGUUCUACUUUCCAUACAUAUUAAACAAUAUUAUAUUACUACUAUAUCACUUUGUACUAAACAACACAAAAAAUAGGCAUGUAGUUCAUAUUAGAUAUGAUUGAUUGAUGGGUAGUUUAUAUGUAUAUAUAUGCUUAUUUCUAAAUUCUCCAAUACUAUUUCCCAAUUUUAUAAAAUUAAUUUCUUAACCUCACAUUAAGCAUUGGCUUUGAUAACCUUCAACAUUGUUAUUUCAUGAUUUCUGUUUUUUGCACGCUCCCAUUGACAAAAAGAAUUCAAAUAAUAACAAUCAGAACUUCAUCACCACUAUGUACAUUUAGAUAAUGCACCUGGCUCAGGGAGAAUGUAGAAGAAAGGCAUAUAUGUAAAUAAAAGAAAACGUUGCCCUUUGAAAAACUACAUACAUAUACAUAGAUACGUAUUUGCAAACGUUAAUCACACCAUAAUAAAUACAAAAUAUGCAUUGUAAAUGUAUACCCCGUUAUCAGAACUAGUCAAAAUCAAUGUUUGAGAACUCAUUUUAUGAGCUAAAAAUUAACUGGUCCUGAAAAUGCUAGACAUUUUGCAUUCGCUUUUUUUCCAGAUCAAUGGAAAAUUUGAGUUUGUCUAAUUAAAAUAUUUUAACAUAAGUAUAUUAAAAUGAUGGACUUUUUUUAAGUUAAUUUAUUUAUUUUUACUUUUUACACCUAAACUAGAGGUUGACUUCAAUGUCUGUAAUGUUUGUUAGUAUCAAGUUGGUAUGUUUCAAAAUCUGUCAAUUGAUAUUUCGAUAAGGCAGUAUUCAAGCUGACUAGUUGUUAGUAUGCAAUUAGCAAACUAUGUAGUCUCUAGGGUACAUAUGGGCACACAUGCAUAUUUUACAAUACAAAUACAUGCUAAUGUUUUGUAAGACAAUUAUGAGGAAAUUCUAUCUAUACUAUUUGUAAAUAAAAUUUGUUUACAAAUCUCAUAAAUUAGUUAAUAAUUAAAAUACAUGAUUCACUCUAUAUUAAAUAUAAAUUACACAAUAUAUCUAAAUAUUUAAAAUAUUACAUAAUCUAUACUUAAUAGUUUUUUUUAAAGAAAUAUUUCAUAUAUAUAUUAUUUUGAGGAUGCUCGCAAUACAUAUUCAUUAUGACUUCAUUAUUUCUGAAAUAUUAUAAUGAAGUGCUAUUACAACAAUUGCUAUUACAAAUUAACUUUUCUGGUUAGUUUUAAUAGUUACCAAUAAUAAACUUAGAGGGUCGUUGAAAACAACUUACCUUAAUAUAUUGUUGAGGACAGCAGUGGAAAGCAAAAGUACCUGAAGGGUCAUUAAACACCCCCAAUAUUUGUACCCUGUGAGGCAAUAAUUUUUUGUUUUGUAAGGGUAGGAACCUAACUACAUACACUUUUUAUGAGGCCAAAUUUUUAACGAAUCAUCGCAAUCAUCAUAGUGGACUUGAAAUACUAUGUAAUGCUACCAUAGAUCAAUAGGCGAUAACAUUAAAGACAUAAUUUCUUUCAAUAUAACGAAGUUAUUUUCAUUCCAUUUUAACAAUAUCAGUCAGCGUCAAAAGAAAGUGUACAAGCUUUUUUAUUACAUCAAUAAUUGAAUUUCAUAUAUUUGUUAUUUAAAACAAUGGGGCACGUUAUAUUUUUAAAAAAUGGUAUUUAAUUCUUUUCUAAAUUAUGGGAAAACAAAAACAAAAUUCUUACAACAACAAAAGUUAUAAACAAAAAACUUAUAAUUCUUCAUUUUUUUGGCGUCAAAAGAAAGUGUACAGAGUGUUAAUGUGUUAAUCAAUAAUUAGUAUUUUGUUUGUUAUACUCUCGCAACAAAGUUGCUAAAGAGAGUAUUAUAGUUUUGUUCACAUAACGGUUGUUUGUAAGUCCUAAAACUAAAAGAGUCAGAUAUAGGGUUAUAUAUAACAAAGUGAUCAGGGUGACGAGUAGAGUUGAAAUCCGGAUGUCUGUCUGUCCGUCCGUCCGUCUGUCCGUCCGUCCGUCCGUGCAAGCUGUAACUUGAGUAAAAAAUGAGAUAUCGUGAUAAGUGUACCAAGUUUCAUCACGAUAUCUCAUUUUUUACUCAAGUUACAGCUUGCACGGACGGACGGACGGACGUAUUUCUUGGCUCCAUAGGAAGGUUAAGUUCGAAGAUGGGCAAAAUCGGCCCACUGCCACGCCCACAAAAUGGCGGAAACCGAAAACCUAUAAAGUGUCAUAACUAAGCCAUAAAUAAAGAUAUUAAAGUGAAAUUUGGCACGAAGGAUCGCAUUAGGGAGGGGCAUAUUUGGUCGUAAUUUUUUUUGGAAAUUGGGCGUGGCCCCGCCCCCUACUAAGUUUUUUGUAUAUAUCUCGGAAACUACUAUAGCUAUGUCAACCAAACUCUAUAAGGUUGUUUCUUUCAGGCAUUUCCAUAUACAGUUCAAAAAUGGAAGAAAUCGGAUAAUAACCACGCCCACCUCCCAUACAAAGGUUAUGUUGAAAGUCACUAAAAGUGCGUUAACCGACUAACAAAAAACCUUAGAAACACUAAAUUUUACCGAAGAAAUGGCAAAAGGAAGCUGCACUCAGGCUUUUUUUAAAAAUUGAAAAUGGGCGUGGCGUCGCCCACUUAUGGACCAAAAACCGUAUCUCAGGAACUACUCCACCGAUUUCAAUGAAAUUCGGUGUAUAAUACUUUUUUAACACCCUGAUGACAUGUACGAAAUAUGGAGGAAAUCGGUUCACAAACACGCCUUCUUCCAAUAUAACGCUAUUUUGAAUUCUAUCUGAUGCCUUCUCUGUAUAGUACAAUAUAUACAUUAGGAACCAAAAUACAAAAAUAUGUAAAUGACGGAUAAUGAAAUCUCGAUUAUCACUUUAUCAUGCGAGAGUAUAAAAUGUUCGGUGACACCCGAACUUAGCCCUUCCUUACUUGUUUUCCAUUUACUUUAAUUACGGCAUGUAAACGACGCGGCAUUGAGCUGACAUUCAAAAGAUAGCGGAUUAUUGAAAAACUGUUAUGUCGUCGCUGGUUAAAUGAAAAGUAAUACAAAUCAGUCAUUCUUUAUGUUCGUUAAGUAGUGAUCAGUAGAAAAAUCAGAAUUGUAAGAGCAAUGGGUAAACAAACAUCCAUUGAUAUACGCGAACUUGUGUUGAAACUCCAUAAAGAAGGAAAAAAUUUAAGAGAAAUCAGUUCUACUAUUAAUAGAAGUCAUAAUACUGUAAAAAAAAUAAUUGACAAGAAAAAAUGUAUGGAAAGUUGGAAAUCGUCCCAAAUCUGGUAGACCAAAGCGAUUAAGUGGUGCUGAUGUUAGGUCUGUUGUACGAAGUGUAAAGAUAAAUCCUUCUGAAAGUGCGGUAAAAUUAUCGAAAAAUAUUUUGGAAACGUCAGGGAUAGCUGUUAGUGCCAGUACAAUUCGCCGCGCGUUACAUGCAAAUGGCCUCAAUGGAAGAGUACCGCGAAAAGAGCCUUUGAUUACAAAAACCAACGAGAAAAAGCGUUUAAAUUUUGCUAAAAAGUAUGAGUGGAAGGACAUUCCGUUUUGGAAUAACGUUCUUUUUAGCGAUGAGAGCAAAUUUGAGGUUUUUGGAAAGAAAAAAGCAACAAAAAUUUGGAGAACAAAAAAUCAAGCAUUUGCCGAACAAAAUAUAAUAUCCACAGUGAAGCAUGGGGGAGGCUCGGUGAUGAUGUGGGGGUGUAUGGCAGCGAGCGGGGUUGGCAAUUUAAUAUUUAUAGAAAGCACUAUGGAUAAGAUGGAUUACUUGAACAUCCUGAAGAGUAACAUUCUAGUGUCGAAAAAUUACAUUUGGAUCCGUGUUGGAUAUUCCAACAGGACAAUGAUCCUAAACACACGGCGAAGAUUGUGAAGGAAUGGAUGCUUUAUCACGUGCCUAAGCAAUUGGAUCACUCCCCACAGUCACCGGAUCUUAACCCCAUCGAGCAUCUUUGGGAAUACCUAGACAGACAAAUAAGAAAACGAACAAUUAGCAGUAAGGAGAUGCUCAAAUCCGUUCUUACAGAGGAAUGGCUAAAAAUCACACCGGAAGUAACCGCAAAUCUGGUCAACUCAAUGCCGCGUCGUUUACAAGCCGUAAUUAAAGUAAAUGGAAAACAAACAAAAUACUAAUUAUUGAUUAUGUCACACAUUAACACUUUGUACACUUUCUUUUGACGCCAAAAAAAUGAAGAAUUUUAAGUUUUUUGUUCAUAACUUUUGUUGUUGUAAGAAUUUUGAUUUUAUUUUCUCAUAAUUUAAAAAAGAAGUAAAUACCAUUUUCAAAAAAUAUAACAUAUCCCAUUGUUUUAAAUGACAAAUAUAUGAAAUUCAAUUAUUGAUGUAAUAAAAAAGCUUGUACACUUUCUUUUGACGCUGACUGAUAUGUUAACAUUUCCUCAGGCCAGAGAUAUGAACUAAUUUGAAUAUUUGGUGAAAAGAUAUUCCUUAGUUUCUUAAGACGAUUCGAUCAAUCGAAUGGUUACAAGGAUCCCAUCACAACAAUUCAUAAAUACGCACUAUUAGCGUUUAAAGUGGCAACUUAUCGUAGAAGACUUUUCUUACAUCAGACUUCUUUAUACAAAUAUUUGCUUGCAAAUAAGUGAACUUCUGCACGGCAGGUUGCGCAAGAGAUAAUUAUAGGUAAUUGUUCAUGUUGUUCAAUAACAAUAUCAUAGAUUACUCAACAUAAGAUUUUAAAUAUAAUAACGUUUGAAAUAGUUAUCUUAAUAAAACCCGAGCACUAUAAUAUAUUUCUCUUCAAUAUCCUCAUAUAAUUCAACAAGACUUAUUUAAUUAUCAUUAUUAUAGUACACCUUCUAGAAUUAACUUGCUAAACAACUGUAACAAAUUUUCUACACUAAAUAAUUUCAUUCAAUGGGUUAAAGAAAUUGUUACACAUAGUCUCGUAUGGCAUACUUAUUUAAAACAAAAAUGAAAAUAAUACUACGUACAUAUAUGCUUCGAAUAGCAUAUUCAAUAAAUCAAAUAUUUCGUAAAUAACUUAUAGCGAGAAUAUAUUGCAUUCCAUCCGUAGAACAUACUUUAAAAUCAUUUUGUGCAAUUGUACAGCUAGACUAGGGCUACAAUUGCAAUUAAUAUAGAGCGAAUAGCCUGUGCCGAAUAAAAAACAUACUAAGUCACUUAGCUUUCCACUUUUUACUAGAUAAUAACACAAACUUUAGUAUAUAGAGAACAUACAAAAUGCAUGUAUAUAAAAAUAAAUAUAUGAUAACUAUAUUUUAUAAUUAAUAACUACACUAUUACUGGAACUUAUUAAAAUAAUGUAAUUAUUUUGUUCAACAAUAAAUAUUUAUGCAUAUAUAUACGCCUGUUCAAGUAACUUACAUGCGAUUGCACAUUCUGUAAACUUCAAUACCUACAUAAAUCCUAUUCAUAUUAAAUAAUACUCCAUUAAGCUCCAAUUGAAAUAUAUAUUGAACAACAAUAUUAACAUAAGAAUACAUAAGAACAGCUUUUUUCUAAAGUCAAUUGCCAUACCUCAUAGAAGAAUCCAGAAUAAAAAAUUCAGUACUCUAACAAUUAACGAAACUUGCGUAUAUACAUAAGUAGUGCUUAUAAUCAGCUGGAAAAUACGGAUAUGUAUAAUGUUUGUUUCACUAUGCAACUUCGUCCUGAAACAAAAUUUAAACAACCUUAAACAUUAUAGCCACUUUUCGUAAACUUAACUCGAAUUAAUUUGAUUUUUCUUUAUAUAAUAUUCAGUUAACAACAAAAAAAUAUUGUAAAUGGAGAUAAGAGAGAGUUGUCAUUGAAAAAAUAAAUCUUACAGGCUUAUUUUACAACGUUGUUUUAAAUACAAGUACUACACAUAGCUGAAAUCCAAGGUCAAACUAAUUUAUUUAAUACCAGAGCGCAUCUCACAGUAAUAAGAUCGUAUUGAAAACAGUGACGAAAUAUACAAUUUAAUGUUAUUAAAUACAUAUACUAUUCUAAUAAGAAAAAUGUAUGAAAAUACUCGAAAGCUAUCAUUAGAAACUGCUGUUAUAUAAAACUAAAUACAUGAAUCUUAACAAUAUGAAACUGCUGCAAUAGAAACUGCUGUUAUAUAAAACUAAAUACAUGAAACUUAACAAUAUGAUAAUAGAGGUGUUCUUUCACACUUCCAAAUCCUACGCCAAAAUAUGCAAGAGUAUGAGAACAAUUAAUAAUUAAUUAAGUCUAAAAUAUCAGUGAAAUGUAUGUGCGUAUAUGUAUUAUGGCAGCUAGCACAUCGCUUUGCAGCCAUUACAUAUUUUUCCUUUGGAUGUGUUUUGUCAUCGUACCAUAGCAGGAAUUGGAAAUUUUGCAAAAUAUGCAAGUAAUCUUGGGUUCAGAACCUGCUCGUAUAUAAACUUGCGAGGAAAAUUUCAUGUACUCGUAAAUCCUCAGGAUCUAACGGUGUUGUCUUAUGCUUGCCCUUAGUAGUGGUCUAUAUUAGAGCUGCGAAACUAUCGAUAGUUAGACCAUUCGAUAGUUUUUCCCCUGAAAUCUACUUUUCUUCACUAGUUUAAAUUAAAACGCUGACCUUGUACACUUAAUUUUUAUGAAAUAAUCAUUGGGCUUAUUUCUAAAACAAAAUAUCAAUAACAAUCUAAACUGCAAAAAAAUUAAUAACGUUAAAAAUAUUCGAGUUUCUAUAUAUACUGCUCUGAGAAUUGAGGAAUUAUAAAAAUCAUGAAAAUUAUACUUUAAAUACGUUUCGGUAGAGUAUUUUAUUCUCAAUAAUCCACUUGUUUUUGUUUAAAAAUAAAAGUGUGUAUUUAGGGGUAUACAUAUAUUAGGGUGUUUUUUUUUAACUAUUAAUUUUUUUCAAUCUCGUCACGAAAUUUCCUUGGAAAUACCCUAAAACAAAUUCCCUGAUAAUUUAGCCUUUAAUAUUAAGUUUAAGAACUGGACCUAGGCAUGUAAAAAUUUUCCAUAGAAAAUACACUAAAAUCGUGAUAUUUUUUCUUUAAAUUCCUACAGAUCAGAGUUGUCUGCAUUACCUAAACUUUUUGAAGCAAUUAUAGCAGACGACAUAACCUUCCGGAUCUCUCCACUAAUUUCUUGUCCUCAGCACGGUUUUCAUAAAGGGAAAUCUACAAUAACCAAUUUGCUUGAAUUUGUAUCACAUAUAUCAACGGGCUUUACGGGGCAUCUCGACAGGAUAAAAUCUAUGUCUUACUAACUGUAUUGCCGUGCCUAUUGCCUGUGGAGACUCCAUAUUGCCUAUUGCUUACAAUAUAUGGUAAACUAAUUACUAAAACUAAUUAGUUUGCCAUAUAUUGUAAGCAAUAAGCUGUCACUUCAGCAAUUUGACAGCGCAGUUUUCAUUUCUAUGAAAAUUUCGAGGAGGCAACAUAUCCCAUUUACACAUAUGCCGACGGCAUUUUCAUUUCGGUAAUAUGAAAUUUAGAAGAGCGAGUAUUAAGACGGUUGAGUUGUGUUAUAUUAUAAAAAUAAAAUAAAGUACAUUUUCUAAAUAGCAUUUUUCAAAAAAACUUAUAUUUAGUUUAAUAUUGUUAAUUUACAGAAUAAUUAUGCAAAUUGGGUUGGGAAUGAGCGAAAUCUUAAAUUUAAUAAUUUAUGCCACAAUUAUUAUAUAGUAGUCCAAAAAUAUGAAUUCUUAUUUUCCCAGAAAUACAUUUGUAAAAAAAGGAUCUUUAUCCUUUGUUAUUAUUUUAUUUUUCCCAGAAAUACAUUUGUAACCAAAAGGAUCGUAAUCCUUUUUUUUAUUUUCUUCAUAAAAGAUUUAAACAGUUCAAGAGCUCAAAACAUGCGCUACAUCAGCUCGAAGCUACCUACCCUACGCCUUUGCGCAAAUGAUUAUGUUAUGAUAACAAAUGCUCACAUACAGAUUUGGCAAUGGCAAUAGCAAUAGAUUUGACAGUUAGUAAGACAUAGAUUUUAUCCUGUCGAGAUGCCCCGUUAGGAAGAAUAAGAAUACUGAUGUUAUAUACACAGAUUUUUAGUAAAGCUUUUGAUAAAGGAAACCAUUCAAUUCUUUUGAAUAAACUUGAUCUUCUUGGUUUUCAACCCAUAUUUUUAAAAUGGGUUGCUUCUUAUCUUAGUAAUAGCAUUCAACAAGUCAUAUUUAACGAUACUUUUCCUGACAUAAUCAAUGUUCCUUCAGGCGUUCCUCAAAUCUUGGUCCAGUUCUGUUCUUGUUAUUUAUUAAUGACAUAUCAUCUGUUGUUAAGUUUUCAAAAGUUUUAUUAUAUUCUGACGCUGUAAAACUUUUUAAAACGUAUACUUCAAACAGCGAGAGAUGUCAGUUGCAAACAGACUUAAACAAUCUAGUUUUUUGGUGUGAUAGAAAUGACAUGCCAUUGAACAUUAAAAAAUGUAAAACGAUGUGCUUUUCACGUAGAUCUGUAGACCCUACUUCAUACGCAAUACGAAACUUUAGGUUGGAGCAAGUAAGCAGUUUCGUUGAUCUGGGAGUAACUAUGGACCCCAAACUCAAUUUUAAUCUUCUCGCAUCUUCCACGGUUUUUAAAGCUAAAGGCGCUCUUAGUUUUGUUAAACGUUGGCCUAAAGAAUUUAGAAAUCCGCUAACCACAAAAAUUCUUUUUACAUCCCUGGUGAAGCUUAUAUUAGAGUAGGCUUCUGUGGUUUGGAACCCUAGUUACCAAGUCCAUUCGGAGUCCGUUCAAAAACAAUUUUUACUUUUUGUCUUAAAUCAUUUGCAUUGGGAUUCCAGUUUAAAUCUUCCCCCUUACACUAACCGCUUAAAAGUUAUAAAUCUCUCGACACUCGCUAGUCGUAGAGAGAUGCUUGGUAUAAUAUUUCUUGUAAAACUCAUGAAUGGGUCAGUCUGUAGCCCAUCUCUCUUAGCAACAAAGUCGUAACUCACAGGUGAGUCGGUGAGGUAGUACGGGGCUCUAAAGCUGACGGGUUGGGUUUAGUUUAGUAUCUCAUUUUCACUGCUUAUUUCUCUUAAAUGCGUGCACGGAUUUUUUUAAAUUUAUAUAGCACAGAUAGCCAAUGAAUUAAACUUUUGUUUAAAUGUAAAUUUAUUGUUAAAUGUUAAUUUGUUUUUUAGAUAUAAGUACGCAAAAAACGCUCAUUUUCACAUUUGCUCAAACAAUGGCUCUCUUCUUUUGAAGUUUUUGUUGCACUGCUUGCAAAAAAUUUAACCAAUUUAACACACACACAUUCUUUGAAAUAUAUUUAAUUGAUUUAAUGAUAAAUUAUGAAUUUUAAGUUGCAAUUUUAUGUAAAAUUUAAUAAAUAAAACAGCUUUCAAUUACGUGUUAUACUGUUCCUUGAAAUGUAAGCAAAAUUACUGAAUAUGAACUGUCAAACGACGAAGAAAAUAUGCACAAAAGGAAGAUAGUAAUAACCCAACGAAUCAAAAUGGUAGGUCUUAUAUACAGCGGCGCUUGUUUCAAUGUAAUAUAUGUAUUAUAUUCAAAAUAUAAUGAAAAUUUGGAAUAAAAAAUCGCGCGAUUUUUUAUUCCAAAUUUUCGCCUGCGGCGCUUGUUUCGAUGUAAUAUAUUAUACUGAAAAUAUAAUGAAAAUUUGGAAUAAAAAAUCGCGCGAUUUUUUAUUCCACAUUUUAGCCUGCGGCGCUUCUUUCAAUGUAAUAUAUUAUACUGAAGAUUUAAUGAAAAUUUGGAAUACAAAAUCGCGCGAUUUUUUAUUCCAAAUUUUCGCCUGCGGCGCUUGUUUCAAUGCAGUAUAUUAUGCUGAAAAAAUAUUCAAAAUUUGGAAAAAAUCACGCGAUGAAAACCCAAUUUUAUUAUUUAGGGGGUCUUGUAUAAAUGGUUGGUUGGGUUAUCUUGGUACUUCAACUACUUGUAUGCAUUAUUACCGAGACAUAUACAAUUUUUAAUUUUCAGUGUUUUUAUUAUUUAAAUAAAGUGGAUUUCCACUUUAAUUCAUUGAAAUAAUAAAAAUAAUAAACAUAGAGUCACUCUAUGCGUAAAAAUACACAAAUUUUAUAAUAAUUAGUGAAAAUUGUAUGGAAAAACUACGAUUUUACACCAUUUUCAGGAGGCUGCCCUGGAGCCCCCCGGGGUCCUAGGGGGGGAAGGGGUGGUAUUAUUCAAAAAUUCCAUUCAUUACCUUUCUAAUGAGGGGGGUAGCAAGCCCCCCGCCCCCUCCCCCUUUGCGCAAAACCUCUUCAAAAUGAGAUACUAAACUAAACAUUCCCCAAGCUGACUUUUCAUAGAUGGUAUGUAAUAAAAAAUCUAUGAAAAUUCCAUACAACCUUACUUAAAAAGUGGAAUAUCUCUAGAAAUAUUAAUGAUAGCGAUUUUUUGUAGCAAAUAAGUGGAGUGAACAAUUCUGAGAGUUAUUUUUAGGAUAUUUCCAAGGAAAUUUCGUGACGGGAUUGAAAAAACUUAAUAAUUAAAAAAAAAAAACACUCACCCAUAUAUUGUGAAAUUCGAUCAGAAUCAAAUGUUCACAUAAUGUGUAUGAAUUUCAUAAUUUUAUUUUUCAAAAUCAGGAGUCCUAAAUAAAAUAGAGGUUUCUUUACAAUUUGUAUAUUUCCGCGGUUCUUAUGUCUUAUUAAAAUACUGGAAAAUACAUACAAAUAGGUUAUGUGCAAUCACUGGAAAUCUAGAUAGAGAUUUAUAUUCCCAAAACCUUCUUUCUAAAGCAUCCUUUAGUUGUUGGAUCCAAGAAUGUUGUCAAGUGUCAACAAUAGUGAAAUUUAAUCAUUUGUAUGUAUAUUAUUGACUGUACUUAUGAAUUUUAAACUACUCGGGCGCAACCAAGCCAAGUAUGAAAAUGUGUUUUUAAGGCUACCAUCCCAGCAAUACAUCUAUCAGUAAAUCACUGUUAAUAACCCAACAACGCUAUCAGAGAUUUCUGUUAGAGUUUCUAUGAGUUUACCAUACGUGUGAUCGCUCAGUCAUUUCUAACACAUUAGGCUUAUGAGUUUCAAGGUGUGUACUUGUUGGUUUCUUCAAGCUAGACUAGACUUAACAUUUAAUUUAAUUUGUUAAAAAUCAGUCUUAAUUUUAAUUUAGCUUCAUUCUCUCCCUUUUGUCAAUGGAUUACUUAAAAGUAGUUCUAUGUUAUAUUGAUUGCUAAGAUAAUCAGCCUUAUUGUUAAAUUCAUUAAAAUCGGUUCAGUAGUUUAGGAGUCCAUCGCAAACAAACAACGUGACACGUGAUUUUUAUAUAUUAAGAUUUAUUUGAUUUUAAGAACUUUUUAUAUAAACUACGGCCAUAAUUAUGCAGGUAAUCGAAAUUCGAACAUUUCACAAGAAAUUCGGUAUAUGAAUUUCUCGUUCACGUAAAAAUAAAAAUACCUAGGAAUGAUUUAUUCACGUGAAGUUUACGAUAAGGCUGAAUGUGAAUGUUUAUUUAAUACAAAAAAUCUAUUUUAUUGUUGCUGUUGUUGUUAUUAUAUUUAAUUUAAUUUCGUUUAUUAAUAUGGCAAAAAGUUGGUACAUAUUCCAUUAAACGCACCAACUUAAUCUUUAUAUGUUCAUUUUUACAAGUUUUCAAUAAAUAUAGGAAUCUCCAUUUUAAUUAACAACUUCAAAAAUACGAUUUGACAUCGAAUUCACUAAAUUUAGCUAUUUCAUAUGAUUAAAAUCUUCUCAAGCUUCUUGAAUGCCUAACUUGAGCUCUAAUACUUUUUGGUUUUUUGUCCAUAAAUUUUUCGUGAUAUGUAUCCCCAAAGGUCACUUUGUAAGUGUGUGAAUGUCAGCGUUAUUCAUUUGAUAAAUGGCGUCUUUAUCAAUUUUUUUGAAGUUAUUAAUAAAAAUGGCUAAUUAAUUUAUUGAAAACUGAAUAAAAAAGAAUACAUCAAAGAUUAUGGAAAUCCCAUUAAUUAGUUUGCAGUUCUAGUCGACGCGUUUCGGCAGUCUCGCUAAAUGAAUUUUCUUGAUCAUUUGUCUUGAGUAUACAUUCACUCAUAAUUCGUUUAUUUAGUUUCUAAAAUAAUAAUAUAGCAAAUAUGUUAUGUUGAAAUCUGGUACAGUAAACCGUAUUUCCCUCAACCCAUUUGGGGAUGUUUCAUCAUGGAGGCUGAAUUUACCGAACGUUGUACCAAAGCUACCUUCUUUACUUAUUCUGGAGUUAAAGUCGCCAACCACGAUUUUGGCAUCGUGGUCAGGGCAUCUCUCAUAGAUGCACUCCAAGCGCCCAUAGAAUUCAGCUUUGGUCACAUCGUCCUUCUCUUCGGGACGUGGGCGAAGAGAACCGUUUCUGGCCACUCAUGGCAGUCAGACAAUUUUCUUCACUUGUGUGAACUUCUACACAUGACUUCAUCCUUAAACAAAAAAUACCGUUACAUACAUAUAUAUCGUUAUAUUCGUUUGAAUAUUUGUAUGGCGUUUGUGGAUUGCAAGUGUGAAUAAUAAUGUUGAAUAGCGUAUGGAAAUAUACGUACUAUAUUUGCGCUGAUGCGUACAAUUAUGGCCAUAUUUCUAAAGGAUAUAUAAAUGGUAACAAUAAUAUUUACAAAAAUAUAGUGUUUUUAUUAUUUUCAUAUAUCUACAUAAAAAUUUACAUUGACGUUGAUUUACGUUGAUGAAAAUGUCCAUUGUAAAAUGAAAAUGAAACCAUUACAUAUGUAUGUAUUAAAGCGUCAUAUGCAAAGAUACAUAUGUUUAAAUAUAGAAAGCCAAUAAUAUUGUACGAUAUUUAUAGUAAGAACAUUAAUUAGAGAAAUAAAAAUAAAAACAUUAAUUGGAAAAUGGAAGCAGAUAGUUAAUUUGUUGAUCUUAAUAAAUAAUUUAAAAUGAGAAGUGAGCUACAAAUGCAUUACAUGCGCUUGGAUUGACGCAAUCAAUAACGAUAUGCAAAAUUUCAUCAAUAAAUCAAUAACUCUUUAAAAACAAAAGUGCCUAAAAUAAUCCAACCAAAUACGCAACUUUUUAUGAUACAUAAAACUUUUACGAAUAUUUGUCAGUUUUUAGAGUAAUAGCUAGAAUAACACAAACCACAAUGGAAAUAUGUACACAAUGCCAUUUGUAAAAUUCGAGCAUGUUUUGCCUAAAGUCUAACAUAAUAAUAUACUGAAAGUUUUUAUAACCUUAUCGAUUAUUUAAGGCUAUGGUGUACUUGACACGAGGUAUUAUGUAUCAAGUGCAUAUGUAUGUAUACAUAAAUAACUAUUUGUAUCAGCCGAUAUAUAUAUGUAUAUUUAUAAUAUAUAUAUACGCAUGUAUUAUUAGGCUGUUUUCAACAGCAAAUAUUAUUUAAAAAUGAAACGAAACAUUAACACAUAAGUCAAUAUCUAAAAAGGUUUAUGGAAUUUACAGAUAUAUACACAUAUACUAUAUACCUAAGUACUUAUGGGCGUAAUAAUAACAUAUGAAAUAUUGUGCUAGUGAAAUAAUUCUUAUGGUAUUAUGGCCUACAUAUGAUAUAGGGCUUGUUUUCUCUGAAAGUAAUUUUUAAAUACUCAAUAAUAUAAAAUUAAUUAAAUAAUGAUAUUUUACAGCAUUGCACCUGAAACUUAUAAGGUAACAACAAUGCUUAUGUACUAGCAAGUGCAUAAAACAAUGAAAUAUUUACUAAUUAUAAAAUAUGUGUAUGAAAAUAUUAAGUAAACAUGCUUAAGAAAUAGCAGUGAACUUAUUUUUGGAUAUACAUACUUUCACACAGUACUAUAUAUUUAUUUGCAAUUGAUAACUUAUAGUUUUUCAUUGUAUUUUUAUACCUACUUAUGUGGACUCCAAAAUUGUUUUUAGCACUUCAGACUGCAAGCACAUAAAUUUGUAUUUCUAUUUCUUACGAUAUACAUAUUUUUUAAAUUAAGGCGGUGUUAUAAAAGGGGUUCAUAUUUCCAUAAAUACUUAUUACAUAUUUGAAAACUGUAGAAAUGUUUGAUAAAUUAUGUUGCCUUUUGUAUAUUUAAGAUUUUUAGUUAAAAGUAAUAUAAUAAGAUUUCUUACAGACUAUUAAUCGAAUUAUUCAAUAAUGACUUUAGAAUUUACUAAAAUGUAGUAUGGAAUUCAUACUUUUUGCUAAUCAAGCAUUUUUCAAACUAUGCUCUGGAAUUCAAUUAGCAAUAGUAUCACAUAAAAGUAUUAUUUAUUGUAUUAAUAAAUAAUUUAAAAUUGAAUAAAAGCGUUUAAGCGAAUUUAACAAGUA